AUGUUUUAUCUGCCACCAAAGAAAAGAGGAGAAAGCUCGAUGCCUGAUUUUUUGCAGAUCGAGCGUGGUUCUGUUGAAUUGGCCGUUGGCCAACGUUAUCCAACGAAAAAGAAUUUGGAGCUCAGAUUGAAGAUGCUCUCAGUUGCGCUGAAGUUCGAUUAUAACGUCGGUUACUCAACGCCUACUUUGUUGACAGUACAUUGCUGGAUCGAAGGGUGUUCAUGGAGAGCGAGGGCGCCUACGCUUGGGUCUGCUCCCGAGUUUUUCAUCAAGAGUUAUGUCAAAGAUCACUCAUGUUCUGUUACAAAGCGUUCUUCUCGUUCUAGACAAGCGAAACCUGAUCUGCUUGGGAAGCUAUACAGUGAAUUUGUAGGUUGUGUUGGACCGACCGUGCUGCCUUGCCAUGUUGCAGAUGCGUUGAACAAACGCUAUGGUAUUAAGAUGGAUUAUUGGAAGGCGCACCACACACUACGGUUUGCGCGCCAGCUAGUAGCCGGCAGUUCAGAGAGUGGAUACGAGGAUCUGCCGGCUUACUUGUACAUGAUUAGACGGGCAAAUCCUGUGACACUCAUUAAGCUAGACGUUGAUGAGGAAGACAGGUUUAAGUUCCUUUUCAUAGCUUUUGCUGCAAGCAUACACGGAUACCCACAUAUGCGGAAAGUUGUCGUUGUUGAUGCCACCUAUUUGCAAGGAAAAUAUAAGGGAACACUACUAACAGCGUCUACACAAGACGGAAAUUUCAACAUCUUUCCGAUUGCGUUUGGCGUUGUUGACACUGAGAACCAUGAAUCAUGGGAGUGGUUUUUUAAACAGCUAAACCGUGUUAUCCCAGUCGAUGAAGACCUAGCCAUGAUCUCGGAUAGACAUAAGUCGAUUAAAUACGCGAUAAAGAAGGUAUAUCCUUUGGCUUCAAGGGGAAUCUGCACAUACCAUUUGCAUAAGAAUAUUAUACUCAGAUUCAGGACACGAGAGUGUUACGGACUUGUGAAGAAGGCCGCAUCCGCAUAUAGGCUUCUGGAGUUUAACCAGCUCUUUGCGCAAAUACAAGCUUUAGAUCCAGCUCUUCAUAAGUACUUAGUGGAAGCUGAUGUUCGGCUAUGGACUCGGGUGUAUUUUCCUGGAAAUAGGUACAACUUCACGACAAGCAAUAUAGCAGAGUCGUUGAACAACGUCCUAUCUCCUUUUAGAGGUUCACCAAUUGUACAACUUCUCGAUGCUGCGAGGGCUUUGUUAACGAGAUGGUUUGCGGCGAGGAGAAAAAACGCUAGCCUAAUGAAAACAACAUUGACGAGAGGUGUGGAGAAGCUGCUAGAGUCUCGUGUGGAAGACGCAAAGCUGUAG